GCGCGAAAACUCAAAGAUGGCGGCCUCGGUUAAUUAAAGUUAAAUAUUUACAUGGAUCCAUGAUAUUUAGCAGAUGAUUAUUGGCAUCCAUGGAAAAAUGGUCUUAAGAAUCUUGAGAGUUAGGUUGCCUUUAAUGACGGUGCAGUUUACACGAGGAAUGGCGCUCUUCAGAAGCAGUGGGUAUAUUGGAGGGAAAUGGAAGGACUGUGACGCAAAAUUCCCAGUGUACAACCCUGCGACUGGCGAAGAGAUCGGAAAAGUAGCGAAUAUGGGACGGUCAGAUGCAGAGGAAGCCGUGAUCCAGGCUUAUAAUGCAUUCAAGUCAUGGAAGAAUGUAACCACAAAUGUACGUUAACUAAGAAAUACAUUUGGUUUAACAACUGAAUGGAUUGGCCACUGCAUGCGCAGCGGCUGGGGCUUUCCCCCUCCGGCGGGUGCAAUCUUCCUUAUCAACUCAGUUGAUAAAAACCAAGUCUUUGUUUUUUACUUCCCCACCGACGCAACACAACAGUUUCUUUGGAAACAAGACACUUUUGACAAGGAAAAUUUCUUCAGGAGUUGGCCAUCUUGCUCAUGGGGAGUUGAUCCUGUCCUCUCCUCUCAAUUGCACAUCAUUUGACAGAAAUGCCCUGCCCCCUCCCGCUUAUCACCGUAGUGAUUAAUUUUACCACAAUGAGAUCUUACCGCCUAGAGACAUGAGCGCACCAGUCUAUCAACCAAAACUUGAACCAACAUAUUUUCCAGGGUUUUAUGUGGUUUGUUUUGUAUCUAUAGUUAUAAUUAUAAUUAAAUGCUCUUUUAAGCAAGGGUCAUGCUACCAGGAUUUUUGAAUUUUUAAGGUAGUGGUAGCAAAUUAUUUUACUUUAUCUCCGGAGUUUAAAAUUCUGAAAAUGUGGAGCGAACCGUCAGUCUAGCGUCUUGUUGUUACCAGUUGCUUGGUGAACAAGCAACAUCAGUAACUGUUGAGAAAAAGUACAAUUGUAAAUGUAUGUGAAAAUGGGGACUGGCCUAUGGUAGGCCAGCUUCAUGACUACUUCCUGCUAGUAAACUUCAGCAUUGGGUUACCUGAAAGGGAUUCAAAACCAAGGACUGAAAAGAACAGCUUAAUUUUGUCUUUUUCUAGUCCAAUGUGGGGAAUCUUUGUUUGAAUAUCAACAGGACCAAAUGUUACAAAUCCCCAGGGUAUGACUCCAAGAUAAGACACAGUGAUGUUUCCCCCACAUCCUGUAGGAAGAUCGAUCAACAAAGAUCUUCUCCCUCAGUGAAGGCUGAUUAAUGCAUUAACAACAACAAUAGAACACUGGUAAUAAUGAUGCCCAUGUAAAUCUCAUGGCAGGAACGAAGCCAGAAGUUACGGAAUUGGUACAACCUUAUUUUACAACAUGAAGAAGAGCUGGCCAAGUUGCUUACCACAGAACAAGGAAAACCUUUGUUUGAAGCUAAAGGUGAAGUGAAGUAUGCAGCUACAUAUGCUGAAUGGUUUGCAGAGGAGGCCAAGAGAGUGUGUGGUGAUGUUAUUCCUUCACCAAGCCCUUCACGAAGACUGUUUGUUCUGAAGCAACCUGUUGGUGUUGCAGCACUUUGGACACCAGUAAGCAUCCUUUUUAGAAAUGGAGCUAAAUAAUUGUUUUCAAAAUAGAAAUAAAUAUAAUUACAUUUACAGGGUAAAUGAGUUACCGUAAAAUUCCGAAAAUAAGGCCCGGGCCUUAUAUUUUUCAAAGGCCCUUUUUGGGGGGCUUAUUUUUGGAGGGGCUUAUAUUCGGAGGGGCUUAUCUAUGAAGGGAACUUUGCAUUUCAAAAUUGAUUGGGCUAGCCUUAUAGCUGGAAGUAAACUUACCGUUUUACUUUGCAGUUGAGGGCAAUUUUCCAAGUACAACCACUGGGGGGCUUAUAUUUGGACAGGUGAUUUAAUGGAGGGUUUUUUGCGUUACUGGUUUGGGGGGCUUAUAUUUGGAGGGGCUUAUACAUGGAGGGGCUUAUUUUUGGAAUUUUAUGGUAUUUAUUUUCGGUGUGUGUGUAAACAAUAAUCUGACAAAUUUGGGUUAAAAGAUCUGAUUUAAUUAAACCUUAAACCCUAUCUUAUUUUUCGUAAAUUCUCACUUGACAAUUUUGAAUACAAAAUGAAGAAAGGAAGGUCCAGACUUGAUAUCAUGAUGGUAAAAACAUGAUGGCUGGAACUUACAAUAAUCAUUUCCUAGGCUAAGUUGUCAAAGUAUCAAAUGAAUAAAAUAUAUCUUGUGUAGUUGUAAAUUCUCAUGACCAUGCAUUCAUUGAUGUUGCAUGUAGAUUUUUGAUGUAAAACACCCUCAAGCAGGGUUAAAGGAUUUUAACAUUGUUUCUAUACUGUGGGUAAAGUGCAGUGAUUUUUUUACAGAUGGUUAUGGUGACGGUCCUGGGACUCAUCUUGAGAAAAAUCGUGAGUCUCAGCCAGAACCAAUGAGUCCGAAAUUGAAAAUGCCUAGGCCUUUAUGUAACCAGACAAUUUGUAAAGAGACUCCGAAACUCAGUGUAUUACAGAAAUUAAAAUAUAGUCCUUCUAUUUUAAAGCACAACAAAGGCUAAAAGACAUAUGCAAAUUGUUAAAUAACAGCCAUAAUGACUGCCACAGAAAUUACACGAACAGGAUAUUUCUACAAAUACACGUGUUCAGAUCGAUUGAUUGAUCUUUGCAUCCUGCAGGAUGCAUGUCAUGAAUUAUUUUGCAUCUUUGGGGAUUUUUAAGCAUCAGGGAUGCAAGAUGCAGAGGUAACAAAAUCACUGACAGUGUCAAAUUCAGGCUUGUACAAGAUUCAAACCGUUAACCUUUGCAAUACCAGUGCAGCACUCUACCAAUUUAUUGAUCGGUAACAAGCCAACUGGAACUCAUUUAUGUGGGUACAGUUAAUAACAGCUGCAGUGGUGCCCAAGCCUUAUCCAUUUUGUUGAUAAAAUAUUUUUUUCAUAAGUCUACCUUUUAAUAACCAAAUAACAGAUCACACAAGAAUCUUCUGCCCUCAAUUUCAUAUGACAACAUACAUGUAAUGGCUUAACCAGCCAUGAUCAGUGGCAGUGGCAGUUUAAUGUUUGUAUUAGAUUGCACACACAGCUGUUUUGCGGUGGCAGGAGCGGUCCAAUGUUGGUUAGAUUACCUGAUACACAAUUCUAUCACACCGAAGUGGCCAUCAAGGUGGUGCAUUAAUGUAGGUUAGAUAACCCACAAUUCAACAGUACUGUAGUGGCAAUGCAUGGAAAUCCAAUGUUUGUUUGAUUAGUAUACAUAGCUCUUCUGAAGUGGCAAUGCUGAUCCAUUGUUGGUUAUCGUACAGCUCUAUUACUAUGAAUUAAGUGGUAAGAAUGACUGUCCAGUUUUUGGUUGCAUUAUCAUACAUGGCUGAUCUGCUGUACUGUAGUGGUAGUGGUGAUUAUUUUGCCUGGAUUACCAUACACAGCUCUUCUUUCCUGUGGUGACAGUGGUGGUCCAAUGUCAGUUAGACUACCAUACACAGCUCUACGACUACCAUGCACUGUUGUGGCAAUGUUGGUCCAUUGUUGAUUGGAUUACUAUAAACUGUUCCACUGUACUGUAGCGGCAGUAGCAGUCCAGUGUUAGAUAGAUUACAUUAUACACAGCUCAACUUUAGUGGUAGUGGUGGUACAAAUGAUUUUGACCAUACCAUACACAGCUUUACUGUUGAGUUCUAUAGUAGCAGUGGUGGUCCAAUGUUAGUUAGAUUACCAUUGGUCUGCUACAGAAAUAGUAAUAGUAAUUGUCUCAAAUUAAAUAGAUUAUGGGUACAUAGUGUUACAAUAACAAUUCAAGGUUUUGUUCAUGUCUUUUAAGUCUCCAGUAUAUUUCCUGAUGAUUGGAAAUGUGCAAGGGUUACUCGGUUGUUUAAUCAAGCCAAGCUAUCUGCUCUAAAUAAUUAUCACCCUAUUUCAAUCAUUUCCAUUAUAGCUACAAAAGUGUUUGAAAGGAUUGUUUAUGACCAAUUGUAUAACUUUUACCAAAUAAUAUAUUUAAAUUUCUACUUAGCAAUUGGGCUUUUGCUCUUUACACUCAACUGAAGGUGCUCUUCUGGGAGCUACUGAUGACUGGGCCUUUAAUAUCAAUAUUGCAGUAAUAUUAUAUUAAUGCUGUGGUUUUUAUCGACGUAAAAAGGCAAUCCACACUGUUGAUCAUGAUAUCCUUUUAUCUAAAAUGAACCUUUACCGAAUACAAGGAAUGGCUCUUGAUUUGUUUAAGUCAUAUUCAACUAAUCAUACACAACAAUGUCCUGUCAGUGGUUCUUUUCUAGAAUCUGUUCACUUAAAUGCAGGGUACUGCAGGGAACAAUGUAGGUCCCCUUUUUUUUCUUAUUUUCUUAACCCAUUCGCUCCUGGAGAUUUUGCCGAAAAACGCGUUUUGAAGCUAGUCGAGUGGUUUUCUGGUCACUGUCGUGCUAUAAAGAGCUAAAACUUACCACAAACCGGUUUACAGGUCGUACACUUGGCGGCCUUCUGAUCCAGAUGCAAAAUAUCAGCUUGCGAAGUUCGGGCAUGCGCAGAAAGCAAAAUUUCGAGAUAGUUUUUGGGUUUAAAAGUGACACAGCAGUCUUGACUUUUACUUUUCGCUUUCUCUCCUCCCUUCUUUUUUCGCUUUUCUUGCCUCAUUUUUUUUUUCUCUUGCUGGGCAUUUAGUAGGCUUCAUUUUGGUGGGAAGAGUUUUUAGGAAAGCUUUUAGGAUCUUAGGAUUAGGUGAAAGGAAAGGUAGGUGGGUAAUGGAACAAGAUUUUCAUGGCGAUUUUCAGGUCCUUGUCACGUGGUUUUUUGCUUCUUUCUCCGGUGUCCUUGACUGAAUUGUGCUCAUUCUGGUAUGGUUUGAAAGAUCUCUUCACUCUGCACAAGUUAGCGAAGAAAGUUGUCCUUGACCGUUAAAACUGAUGACGUCACAAAGGGUAGAAAGGACCUGGAUCCGCACGGGCGGUUACGGGCGGUUCAGGGGCGAAUGGGUUAAUCAAAAAACCUAAGAAUGGCCUUUUACCAACUUUCUCACCUGAUUUUACAUGAAAUAGACAGAUUUGGUUGUUUUAUGUUGAAAAGUGGAUUUUUUUCGCCUUUUUUCGUUACGGGCGGUUCAGGGGCGAAUGGGUUAAACGACUUUCUAAACUGCUUAACAUCGUGCUAGCCUAGGCUGUAUGGAGGCCCUGCCAGGGGGGGGGGGGCUCCCAUGUCGCCCGUCUGAAUUUUAAAACAUCUCAUGUCGGUGUUUAUAAAUGCCCGUUGCUUAUUGUCGGCUUUGCCGUCACUGUCGCAAUUUGGCAGAGGGAGGUUGUCUCUUGUCACGAUUUAAUUUCAUGCACUGUCACCACUUUUUGGAAUUUACCCUGGCAGGGCCUCUGUCUGCUGAUGACACCCACAUUGUGUACUUUGUCGAGCCCACUCAAGCUCUCAAUUGAUAAACUACGGUGGCGAACACACGUUGAUAAAUUACCUAAAAAGUUUGCUUCUGGGAUAGGAGCAACAUACAGACUAAUUCUCUUAGUCAAUCUCAAUUCAAUUAUUAUUGCAAUCUUGUCUGGGGUAAUUGUGGUAAAAGGUUAUUUGACAGGACACAGAACCAUGCUGCUUGUUUUCUGACCUAUUCUAGAUAUGAUGCCGAUGCCAACUGCUUAAUUAGACAACUCCGUCGAUAAGACUGGAGCACUCAGUUUCAAAUACAGAAAGCCUUAAUGGUUUACAAGUCUUCAAAUGGUCUUGUUCCUGAAUGUUUAAAUCCAUUAAUUUAAAUUUGUUGAACAAAAUGAAACAUGCUACUCUCUGAGAGAAACUAACUUCCAGUUUGCACAAACUUAAACUUGAUGAAGAGCAGCUUUAGUUAUAGUGGAGCAGUUCUCUGGAAUAGCCGGCCCUGUGAUACGAGAGAGGCUAAAUCUUCAAGACAGUCUAUUUAAACAAUUGGCUCAUCUUAAUUUCUGAUUUUUAAGUAUACAUGGCAUUCAUGAAAACAGGUUUUAGUAAGGUUAGUUGUGGUUAGUUUUGGCAUUUUGUAUAGGGUAGUUUAAGGUUAUUUAUGAUUAAAAAUUUUUUUAUACUCCUGGGCCCAGUUUUUCAAAGGCCGAUUAGCGCUUAACCCAGGGUUAAAUUUAACCCGGCUUUCUUUUUCUUUGUUCAAAAACGUUUUCUUGGAUAACUUUCUCUGUUAUUCUUAAGAGUAUCCAAUCAUUAACCUGUUGACAAUAAUAAUAAUAAAACUGAAUUUACUUUUUAAGGUUUCAAAUCUGAAUUCAAAUUUCACACUAACCCUGGGUUAUCUUAACCCAGCUUUGAACAACCCGACCCUGACGAAUUCUACUAUGUUUAAAUAAAGAACUUUUCUAUUCUAUUCUUAUUUAAUCGGUGGGCAGUGACAGCAUAAUGUUAGGAAUAAGUCCCUCUUUGAUUGUCUAGCAUCCCAAGAAAUUAAAGAGCAUUGUAAUUGCAUGGAGUUAAUCUCAUAUUUGUGGGUUACCUGUGGCAAGUAGUUGCAGCAAAAAUGCAAAGUUUAACUUUAUAUUUAUUUAUGUAUUGUUUACAGUGGAAUUUCCCAAUUGCAAUGAUCACACGCAAAGGCUCAGCAGCACUAGCAGCUGGUUGUACUGUGAUCAUUAAGCCAUCAGAAGAAACUCCUUAUACUGCCCUGGCUUUACAGAAGGUAAUUUUAUUUUUGACCGAAAUUGAUCAUUCAGGUCUUGUUGUUUUGUAUUAAUUUUACUUAUGAUAUUUUCGUCAGUUAGCAGAGGAUGCAGGGUUUCCACCAGGUGUUGUAAACACAGUUCCCUGUUCCCGUGACAAUGUAGAUGAAGUGACAGAUGCUAUCCUUGGAAGUGACCUUGUUGCUAAACUAUCCUUUACUGGUUCCACUUUCACUGGGAAGGUAAAUAAUUGCUUUCUUUUAUCAUUUAUCAAAAAUCCAGCCUGUAACUGUGAUUUAUUUCUAGUAAUCUCUUAAUACAAAGCUUCAAAGCUCUCUUUAAUCAAAUGAGAGACACAUACACGGCUCUUUAGUGUUAAGGCAUACUAACUAGAUUUUUGGAAUUUUCUUAGCUCUUGAUGUCAAAGUGUGUUGAUCCAAUCAAGCGAGUAUCUUUAGAGCUGGGUGGAAAUGCUCCAUUUAUUGUGUUUGACUCAGCAAAUAUUCCUGAAGCCAUAAAAGGAGCCAUUGGUGCAAAGUUUAGACACACUGCUCAGGUAAUUUUUAAUAAACUUAAGAUUGAACCAUUUAGCCAGAGGGAUAAAAUAAUUGUACAGUAUUGCAGGGACACAUUGAAGCCAAGUGUAGGUUGGACUGACUUUUCUCACAGCAUGAAAUGUAUUAAUAAUUUGGCUAGCAGGUACACUCCACACCAACACAGCUGCUACAAAAACCACUCAAGAAAGAACCCUGGCUGUGAUGAAGCAACACCAUUCCAUGUGAGCCUACACUGUCUUGUGGGUUGGAGACAGUCCCUCCUUGACGAAAAGUGAUUAGAUUGCUGAAAGGUAAACCUUUAUACAUGAGUGAUGGAGAGUAUCUGCAAGAUGGGAGCAGAAACAUGAGUUUCUCUUCACCCUGAGUCAGGUUGAAAAGGCAUUUGUCUGUCAGGGAAAGUGCAAAUUCAAGAGAAGCUGUUGUGGGACUGCAGUCUCGUGAGUCUGCAAUGGGGUCUGACUUUCCUAUAACUGGAGAGGCAGUAAAAGAAUGACGAGCCGCUAGGAGGCAGAGAUAGUAAACCAGGGAAAUGAUAGUACAGCGUCGUCAAGUGGCUUAGCUCAAGAGCUGUUGUCUGAUAGAAAGUUGACCCAUUUAGAGGACCACCGUGGACCCCAAUAAUAAUUAUUGUAGGCUGCCUCCACCAUAGGGAAAAGUUCGUUGUAUUAAAUUGAGUGGGAAACUUGUGUUGUGAGCCAUGCACCUGAGAACCAGUGAUACUGAAAAAUGGCACCAUAACGCAGUACCCCAGACGCACCAGAUGAAACUUUGAAGUUGGACAAAGGGCCCCGUUGUGGAUCCUAAAGAAAACUACACCCAUUCCAGGAUUAGAAAAACUCCUACCACCAGCCAUAGUCAAGGAAAAACUCAUGGUUGAGACGGCACACAGCAAAUUAGUCAUGCAAUGCAAGAAGGACUGAGCCUGGUGUACAACCUUGCAGGUAUGUUAAAGAUGACCUAUUAGCGACUCCAGUUCCUUCCACUUACAGAAACUCUUGUGAGGCCAUACUUUCAGCUGAGCAGUUAUUCUCUUAAACAUCUCCUGGGGAAGAUGUGCUUGCAGGGUUAUAGAAUCCAGUCCAUUGCCCAUGUAAGUGGCUGUUCGAGUUUGUCUGGGUGGAGAGGGAUGAUGAGUGCUGAGAAGCAGUAAAUGGACCUGUCUAGAUUACCCGGGCAAACUGACAAUCCAAGGGGGCCAAGAGUGUGGAAGUUGUCUUGGUAGUGCAUCAGGAAGGUGGUUCUAUAGUUCUGUUUUGCAAUCCUGCCCACUAAGUCUGCUAUGCAAGAGUGAAGAUAAAUGGGGCGACCUUGCACCAAAAGGUAGGAGCCAUGCCAUCUCAUCAUGCCCAAUAACUGGGGAUUGUUAGAAGGAUGAAUGGGCACAAUGCAAUAUGCAUUUGCCAAUCAGCUUAUCCCAACCAAACUGCAUGAUGCCUGCACUGAUGUCAUCUACUUUCAUAUAGUGUAGAGAACAAUCCUCCCUAGCAAUGCUGUCGUUGACGCUAUGGCCAGCAGUGCUUGACAAAUCCAGGAUAAGAUGCCACUCACCUGGCUGAUUGCAUUUGGUGUGAAUUAAAACACAUUGGUCCUUGAAAAACAAACCUGAAAACCUGUUAGAGUUUGUUUGACAAUAGGGUGGGUGGUAAUUAUUAAUUAUCAAUACCUAUUUGAAUAUUACAAUAUUAUUUUAGUACCUUUUUGACUUAGUUUAAAGACCAUAAAUGUAGUCUUUUUUAGAUUUAGGGAAAGUUUGUUUGCUUUUAAGCAGAUUCAUUUGACAGUUUGCACAUCACAGAAUUUAACAUAUCUGAAAGAGAGUCCGGAUAUUUAUAUCGCAUGAAAAAUUGAAUACAUUUGGUAUUGUCGGUGAACAAUAUCAAAUUUAUUGAACUAGGAGCAUUGUAAAUAUAGUUAAUGUUGUAAAUGUAAAGUACCAAAAAGGAGGACAAAGGAUAGAACCCUGAGGGACCCCACAAGAGAUUUCAUUUCUUAACACCCAUUCAACAUAGCCCGUGUACAGAUGCCUCCUUGAACUUUGACCUUUCACCUGUCACGCGCGUGUGUUGUUCAGUAUUUAGGCACGCGUACUGCAGGAAUAAAUUAAAGGAUUAAACAUGGCAGUCACACGCUGUUGUCUCUUCAAUAAUUCGAUGUGUAUCAGAAGUGGGAUACUCCUGAAGUCAACAAGAAUUGUUGCCGUCAGCCAUGAAGCUGCAAGUCUUGGAUAGGAUACAUGAAGGGCACCAGGGAAUAGUCAACUGCGGAGAGCCCGCCAAGACUUCUGUUUGGUGGCCUGGUCUCAGCUGUGAAGUUCAAGAAUGGCAGAAAAUUGCAAAGUUUUUGCCGAGCACCGACAGCAGCGAGCUGAGCCACUCAUGCCAACACCCUUUCCUGAACGUCCUGGCAGAUGAUUAGCAUGGACCUAUUUGAGCUCGAUAACCUGAACUAUCUUAUAGUAGUGUACUAUCGAUUUGGCUGCCAUGCUAAAGACCACCAAAUCGCAUGAAGUUAUCAGAGCCCUGAAAGCAAUAUUUGCAAGACAUGGAAUCCCUGAAGAAGUAAGAAGAGACAACGGCCCACAGUAUGCAUCGGUCGAAUUCACUCAUUUUGCAAAAGAAUGGGGUUUCAAGCAUACAACAAGUACCCACCGUUUCCCACAGUCUAACGCUGAAGCAGAGGGCAGUAGAAACCUCCAAGUCACUGCUGAAGAAAGAAAAUGAUCCUGUUGGAUCCUAAUUGCGUAUUGAAACACAAGGAACACUCCGGAUCUAACUUGCCAUGCUUUUAAUAAUCAACCCCAUCAACGUUCGUACAUACAUAUAUCAUGUAAGCUAUACUGAAAGUACACUAGAUCCCUUCCUUUUUCGGAACACUAUAUACGAGGGAAACAUAAAACGAACUUAGAAACUACAAGGAGAAACCGUGACAAACUUCGUAACUGCACAACUAGUGUAAACUUGACUUCACUGGGAUAAAGUCACGCAGUUCAAUAAUAACACUAGCGAAGUAACUUAACACUGUCUUAGCAAAACUAAUAGUGCUAAUACGUCAACUCGUAUCAAAGUCUUUGAACUUCUCUGGUAACCUCUUAUGACGAACUGGUCUGGUAGACAGCAGUUCUAGCUUUUCUACACUCCGUCUCAAGGUCUGUCAGGGCUGGUCUCUUUGAGACAGCAUUCCUUUUCUUUCCACCAUCCGUCUCAAGAUCCGUCGGUAGAGUAGGACUCUUUGCUUGAACACCCUUUUCAACAGGCAGAGGAACAGUUUGACUUGACAUAGGUAGCGGUUCCUCGUACUUUUUGAGGUGCGCAGUAUUCCUUUUUAACUGAACACCCUCAGGAGACUUGAUAAGAAUGCUGCUGCCAUUCCUGCUAACAACGUCAUACGGUUCUGGUGCAAAUGAUGUAGACAACUUGUUUUGCUUCUCUUGUUUUAGUAGCACUCUGUCACCUGGAACCAGAUCUGAAUACUCUACAUGCCUCUUCUUGUCUGCAUAUAACUUAGCUUUUGCUCUCAUUUUUCCGUCUUUUCACGAAAAAAUGCCGGCAACAGCAGAUUUUCGACUCAGACCUCAAAGGGGCGUGGCAUUAUAACCACGUGACAUUUACUCCGAUGGCCAAAAAUUUUAUGUUAUAUUGUAGAUUGAUCUAUAUGUUAUCCAUUCUAUGUGUUAGACUUACGAUAAAAGUAAAGGUGGGGAUACCAGAGAGCUUCAAAGUAGGAUGGUACCCCCCCAAGAAACUGGGUCGAGUCACCUUAAGCAUUUCAUUUUCCAAGCCUAGAAAGUCAUGGAAUUUAACUGUUGGUCCUGGAAAGUCAUGGAAAAUUGAAGUUGUGUUUGAUAGAUAAGUUACGGCAGAUGACAAGGCAAGGACAAUGUAAGAUAAAGAGGAGUAAUUAACCAUCACAAACGGCUCACAUUUUGGUGGAAGGCAGCGUUUGCGUCUGUUGAACUUUUGAAGGUCCAAAAAUACCCUGGAACAAGGAAAGGUUUAAAAAUUUUUGAAAGUGACAGGUAAACCUAAGGUCUUGGAAAACGUAAAAAGGUCAUGGAAUUUUAAAGAGCUCAAAUAAGUACGAACCCUGACUUCACUCGCUACACGGUCUUCACGGAAUUCAGGUAACUUGGUCCGGGUUUUUCCUCCAAACAGAAAUUCAGCGGGACUCCCUCCAGUGGUGGUGUGAGGAGUCGAUCUUUAUGCUAUCAAGUAUUUGCCAACUUCUUCCUUCCACUGUUUGCCCUCGGCUUGCGCGAUCCGCAUCCUUUUCAAAAAAGAUAGCUUCUGCCUUUCCACUUCGCCCUUUGCUUGGGACCAUAGUGGCGUGGUCUUCCUGUGCUCGAUACCACAGCCCUCCAAAUAUCUUUCGAACUCACUUGAAACAAACCGUGGCCCAUUGUCACUGGUUACUGACAGUGGUAAACCAUGAAUCAUGAAGAUUCUCUCCAGACUCUCAAUGAUUUUCUCAGAUGUUGUGGAACGCAUGAUCUCAAUUUCUUAAUAUCUGCUGAAGUGGUCAACCACAACUAACACGGAGUCACCUAACGGUAAAGGACCUAAUAAGUCCUGGGCUAAGUCUUGCCAUGGACCUUGUGGUAAAGGGCUUGACUUGACUGGCUCAGGGUGAGCAAGACCGCUUACUAGCUGACAUCCAAAACACGUUUUGCAAAAUCUUCCUGUCUCUUUGUCAAUCUCGGGCCACCAUACUUUUGAUCGCAACCUCCCUUCAUGUGCCAGCGUAAGGACUCGUGGUCUCAACUUGCUAGGUAUUACAAUUCUGGUGCCACGGAGGAUUAGCUUGCCAGGCAGACACCGUUCACUGGCUACAGAUAUGUACUGUUUGAGCUGGCCAUCCCUCCAGGUUCCGGUCUUUAUACGAUGAAGCAGCUCACUGAAUUCUUCAUCUUCUGCUGACACUUUUUCAAUCUCGCGUGUCAUCAUCGCGCGCGGAGUAGCGUUUACUGCCACAAAUCUGACAAAUUCAUCUGAUACUUUGUGCCCUGCUUUCAGUAGGCGUGAUAAGGAAUCUGCAAUGUUCUGCUCUCCUGGCAAGUACGUAACUGUGAACCUGUAAGGUUGUAGCCUCAGGAUCCAUCGCUCAAUUCUUGCGCACGGCUUUGAUCUGCUUGAGUAAAUUGUGUCUAAUGGCUUGUGAUCUGUGUACAGUUCGAAUUCAAUGCCAUACAGGUACACAUAGAAACGCUCACACGCCCAAACAACUGAGAAUACCGUUUUUCCACUUCACUCAAACUUUUUCUCGCAUAACUGAUAACAUUCUGUCUUCCUUGUUGUUCUUUAAUAAGUUACUGCGCCAAGACCAACUGGGCUUACAUCUGCUAUGAUUAGUUUUCGGACAUCUUUGUCAAAAUAACCAAGGGUUUCUGCACUCGCUAAUCUGCUCCUCAGUUCAUUGAAUGCUCUUCUCUGCUCAUCUCUAAACCUGAAACAAACUCCUUUCUUUCUAAAUUCACGCAAAGGUUCAGCUACUGUAGCAAAGUCUGGGAUAAACUGCGCAUUGUAGUUAGCUAGUCCUAGGAAAAUUCUAACUUCCGAGGUAUUCUGCGGCUCUCUUGCCUCAACAACAGCUCUCACUUUAGUUGGUCCAAUGCCCUUGUUUGUUAGCAACAGUCCCAUAAACCCAAACUUGGCUCAUCUGAAACUUGCAUUUUUCCGCAUUUAGUGUCAGGUUUUUCUCUUUCAAUUUCUCCAAAACUCGCCUUGACCUCUCAUCAUGCUCCUCAGUGGUUUUCCCAUGCACAAUUGUGUCAUCAGAGAUGUUUGCAACUCCCUCACAGUCACUAAGCGCUUGCUGAAUAACAUUUUGAUUCACUUCUGGGGCUGAAUUUAUUCCAAGCAUCAGGCGCUUAUAUUGAAACAAUGCACAGUGAGUGAUGAAGGUAGUAAUGCUACCGGAAUCUGGAUGGAGUUCUAGCUGGUGGUAACCCCGCUUUAAAUCAAGCUUGCUAAACACUGCUUUGUUUAAGGCUUUGGAGUACUUCAUCCACGGUAGGUACGGGGUAGUGUUCUCUGAUUGUCGCUUCAUUGGCUCUGCGCAUAUCUACACAAAGCCGAAUUUCAUCAUUCUGUUUUGGUACCACCACUACUGGACUAACCCAUGGUGUCAGACCAUUUACUGGCUCAAUAAUAUCCAUGCUUACAGGUUCCUCGACCUUUCUUUUCACCUUGUCGCGGAGGCUGAACGGAGUGCGCCUGACUGGCUGAGCCACCGGGGUUGCUUUGGGAUUGACAUGUAACUUGACCUGAUAGUCUUUUAACUUGCCCGCACCAUCAAACACUUGUUUGCAAUCUGACAUAAUCGCUUCUUUGGACUGCAGCGUAUAAACUGGAACACCUAACUUGAACACUCCUAAUUGCAGCGCAGUUUCUCUUCCAAGCAGUGCUUCUCCUUCACCGUCAAUGACAACAAAUUCAGCUUGAACUUCAUUCUCAGCUACGUUCGUCGAUGCUAAAAAUGUCCCCAAAACUUUUAGCGGCUCCUUGCUUCCAUACGCAUAGAGCUUUUUGUCACACUUCUUGGAUUCACAGGCAAUCUUCUGCCGCUUUAGUUCACUCCAUAGGCCUUUGUCGACAACAUUAGUGCUCGCACCCGAAUCAAUCACCAUUUUCACAACACAUCCACUCACACCGAUUUUAUAGUAAAUGCAUACUCGGCGUCCUCGUCAUCGUCUCCUCUCUGCGUGUAUCUCACCUUCCUCUUCUCUUUUAGCUUCUUCUCAGUUUUUGGUUUGCCUGUCUUGGUACUGCAUUGCGAAGCAAAAUGAUCAGCGCCACCACAUGUCUUGCACGGGUUUUUCCUUUCGCAGGGCAUUCAGGAUCUCUUGCAAAAUAUCCUGUGUGGCCACAUCUAUAACAUGUUUAACACUCUCAACGUCCUCUUCCCUUUAUGGUGAUGCUUGUUUUCGCGCGAGUCACGAAUCUGAUUCACAUUAGCGGUUUUACUCUUCAUACUCUCCAGUUGAGCUUGCACAGCUUCAUAUGAUGCGGCUGUUUUAAGAAGACCAUCUAGGGUUUAAGUGUCACCUUCCUUCAACAAUUUCCGCCUUAACUUAUGGGACGUACACCGCUCAACAACUUGAUCUCGAAUUUGAUUAUGUCACUGACCACCAUAUAUAAUCGCAAUCUUUCACGACCUGUCGUAACCUUGUCACAAACUGAGCCACCGUGCCACGCUCACGCUGUUCCAUACUCCGGAAGACAAGUUUUUGGUGUGUCGAAUUUAACUUCGGAAUGAAAUACGCAUUUAACUUAUUUACGGCUUCUCAUACUCGGCCGCUGUGCCCGUGUCAGCCAGUCUCGAAGAUUUCUUGCACUUGUUGGAGAAGUAGAGCUCUCCGUUGUACUUUAUUGUCAGCUUUGUCUGCUUGAAUGAUGACGCCUUUGCUGUCAGCAGAAAACGAAAAACUUCCAAGCUAUCGUUGCCAUCGCCUACCAAUGCUCGAAGGGUCACCGUUCCAGUCGAACGGUUUUACACUCGUUACUAGAUCAUCCACGUUGAUUGAGGCCAUACCUCGGUUUUGUGGACCUAAAAGAACAUCCUCGUCGCCAGAUGUUGUGUCUUAAUCGCGUAUUGAAACCCAUUCGAAUGGAUUAUUAAGUCUACACAAGGACCACUCCUGAUCUAACCUGCCAUGCUUUCAAUAAUCAUCCCGUCAACCUUUGUACACACAGAUAAAUCAUGUAAGCUAUACUGAAAGUACACUACAGAUCCAUCUAAAGGACUGUUGGCGUACAGGUCGAACCCGCUUGCUUGUGGAUAUUCACCAGCUGAACUACUCAUGGGAAGGAAACUGAGAAACAGCAUUCGAACAUUCCACACUAUUCUCAAUUCAAGUUGGCCAGAUAUGGACAAGCUACGCGAAAGGGAAGCAGGAAGCAAGGAAACUCAAAGACUGAAGUCACGGCACAAUGCCAUUCCCUUGAAAUCAGUUCAACCUGGUACUCCUGUGCACAUCAAAGAUAUGAGAACCACCAGUACAGUAACCGGAGCAGCAGAAACACUUAGAUUCCACUGUGAGACUAAACCGUUCCCAUGUCAUCCCAAUCCCUACCAACAAGCCAGUGUCAGCCAGUGUUUUGAACAAGCCGGUUUCACCUAGUGUUGAAUAGAUACAACCCGGAGACAAGGCAUUGACUCCCUUGAAGCCACUUCCAUCACCUUGUCUUUCAUCUAGACCAAAGAGACUUGGUAGACCCUCUCUCAAGUUAAAAGAGAGCCUUGGACUUUGUUGAACAUUGAACUUUCGUUUAAAAAAGACACUUUGAAACUUGUGCUUGAACUUUGUUUUUAUUUAGUUUAGCGGACACUUAUCUUACAUGGCAGAUUUUAACUCCAGAUUAGAGUUGUAUGUUACUUUACAAUCUCUGAAAAAGGGAAGAUGUUGUGUUAUUGAACUUUGACCUUUCAUGUGUCACGCGCGUCUUUAACGCGCGUGUGUUGUUCAGUAUUUAGGCAUGCGCACUGCUAGCCUGCGAAAACAUCCGUUUCUCCUCGCUUUUCGCCGCCGGGGACGUUUCGCGAGGAGGAACGUCUGCGACUCAGCGACAGAAAUUCCAUACUGAUGACGCAAACCAAUGUUUACAUAAUAAAUCCAGUAGUCAUGGGGUUCCAAAGACAAAUUUGUCCAAUUUCACUUGUCUUCUGAUCGAUUUUGGUAAAGUGUUCUGUUCAUCUGCCAACGAGCUCCAGCAAAACUCAAAUGCUUCUUCUAGAGAAGACUAUAUUCCACAAAUAUUGACUAUUUUGUUACAGAUUCUUCGUGUCUACAUUUGACCUUUGCGGCCUUUUGUCUUUUGUCUGUCAUUCGUAAACAAUAGCUAAAACAAUGUAACUACUCCAUCGACCAAUCAGCGCUUCUGACCGGAUUCCGGACAGAUUUUACGUCAUCAGUAUGGAAUUUCUGUCGCUGAGUCGCAGACGUUCCUCCCCGCGAAACGUCCCUGGCGGCGAAGAGCGAGGAGAAACGGAUGUUUUCGCAGGCUAGCGCACUGCUAGAAUAAAUUAGAGGAUUAAACAUAGCAACAGCAAGUGGUAACGUUGCGAGUAUGCGCGAGCCGCUGGACGGAAGUUUGUGGUGGUAUUGGAUCGCAGCGAAUGCAGCAAAGAAAAAUGGCGCCUCUUUUAAAAAUUACCGUUGUCUUAGUUAUCUGUUCUAUCUUUGUGGAGUGCAGAUCAGACAAAGUCUUCUUUGUAAUAUGCGAGAUUGGUCUCAAGGCUAAUAAGUCGCAGAUCAUUCACAAUUUUGCGCGGUUUGUGGUCCAUGAGUGAUUAUUGUUUCGUGUUUUGGCUUGCGCACAGACACGUCGAAAGGGGGUUCUGUGUAACAGCUGCAAAACUGCUCUAUUAAACACUGGAUUACUGGGAAAAAAUCUCUUCAUGUAAGUUGUGACCGAGUACAAAACGUCCGACGCUUACGAUUUGAAUAAAACGCUGUGAAAAAAAAUUCUAAAUGCUAGUCUGUUUAUAUAGUCAUAACUGCAGUUAAUGUUCUUGCGACAAUCUCCUUGCAAUAAUACGAUUUCACGUCAGUUAUGGUUCAGGAAUGCCCUGUUUUUCAGAGAUGUGCAACCUUAGUGUAGUGAUUCUGCCAGUGAUUACUUUUCAGAGAAACCCCAUCCUAACCACCAGUGGCCAAAGCAGGUGCAGUGCCCUAAUUCUGCGACUGAUAAAAUUUCAAAGAUAUCCCACCCAGGGCUAUGAAAUUGUAUGUUUCCUUUUUUGACUAGAUGAUAUGAGACUAAACACCCAAACUCUAGAAAUGACAUCUAUUAAAUCUAUGUGAUGCCUUAACUUAUUCAGGGGUGUAGGCACAAUUUUGUAAUAUGGAGGCUCUUGACUCCAAGAUGUCCCUUAUACUUCUAAAAUAAAGAAUUAGAUGAGCCAAAACAGGAGUGUGGUACAAGAUGUUUCAUAUUACAGAUGUGUUUUAUUAAGGUAACCCUAACCAUGAAAAAUCCUUCCCUUUACUCCCCACACUUCUAGAUACUAGAAAAUUGCAAAUAUACACACAAAAGUGAAAAUACUUAAAAUAGUAAAGAUCAUAGUCAUAUCUAAAACUGCAUUUUCUCUCUUAGAUAUUGAAGUGAAUUUUCUGCUUCUGUUUUUUCCAUGCUUGCACUCAUUUUUGCUUUUCGUAAAUUUUGCUGUUGGUAUUUUCUACUGCACAUGUGUUAAUUAUUUAAGAUAUAACUAAUAAGGCCUAGCUCCCUUGACUAGCCCAUAUCUGUUUGCGGCCAAGUUCUUAUGAUUUGAAGAUUAAAAAAUUGAAAUUGAGAGAAAAUUAGCUCUAAAUUUUCCUUUUCAUUCAAUUUCAACAUGAGGAGAACUUAAGGAUCUUAAAGCCUGAUAUUUAUAAAGUAUCAGUUUAUGGUAGCUUCAAGUAGCCAAUGUAUGACUCAUUAAAAUUAAAGCUUGUCUGUGUGUCUUCUGGGGCACCAAGGCUAUUUGAUGCAGUUCACGAUGGAGUGACAGACCCUUCACAUUCUGCAGACAGCAUAGGGUUAAAUAAAAAACAGAUAGUCGCCAUUUUGUAACAGCUCUGCUAUGGCUUGAGUGAAAAGUGCGACUGGUUUAAAUGUGACGAUGCAGUUGUCCUCAAUGACUAUCACCUGAAUCAACAAGGUUUAGUGCUGAGCAUCUCAUAGGGAGCUCCUGCAACAGGCAAAAGGCAAAUGAAAUUUUUCAUAACUUGUCAUCUUGCGACACCAGGAGCAUCAAUGAGCUUGUUUCAGGGGCAAUUUUACAUAAAUCGCAACUUGUGCAGCCUAUGAUAUGUGACUAUAUACCAGUACACUACUACAGUGUAUCCACAGCCAAACCGACAUUGGCAAGCCAGGUGCUCCUAAAUUCAUGAGCACAAACUCUGAAUGAGACCCAGAGUAUCAAAAGAUCUAUUUCUAUCGGAGAGUGAAAAGCUACCCCUGUGGCAUUUAGUUGUUGCCCACAACUAGUGAUACUCCUUUAGAUAUUCAGGAUUUCUAAAGUGUCAUGGAUAAGAAUUUAUAUUCAAGAAGGAUAGAAAUCUUUUGGAUAGAAAAGGAAUAAUAACAUUUAUGAUUUUUGUAAGCGAACAAAUACAUGGUAUGUGAUGAAGCUAAUUCUUAUGUGGAUGCCAAUGUAAGGAAUCAAAUACAGGGAUUUCAUGUCCAGUGUUGUCUGUACUUCAAACAGGAAUGGCAGUCCAGCAAGUGCAAAGGUGGUUAAGGGCAAGACUUGUUUUGCGCUUGAACUUGUGCUAAUGUCAAAGUGGGAGUAAUAUUGUAAUGGUCAUAUGAAAAUGCAUUAAAUCACACUUAUGAAAUCACUUUUAUAGUAGGGCAGGGAAAAGAAUGCACAUAUGUGUAUUUUCAUAUUUUAUAUUGAUUUCUGUUAUGUUUCAAGACAUUAUGUCAACAUGUUAAGCAUAACAUUAAAAUUCUUUUAGGCGCCAAUUUUGUAUUUAAAAACAAAUCAUCAUUGAAUAAUUAUCAGAAUAUUUAAUCAUCUCCCAAAUGGUGAGGGUUCUUGUCAGUGAAUCUGAGAGCUUACAGUGCAUGAUUAUUAAAACGCAAAUUCAUCAGUGUUCCCCCCCUUGGAUGCAAAAUCAAACAUUCAAGAAUGAAAGAGUGUUCAGAAACAAUGCUCUUACAAAUAAGUUUUGUUGGGAUAUACUUUUACAUGUUAACGAAAAAUCUAAAAACAAGGUUGAAAAGGACAAGAAAAAUUUGUCCAUCUUUAACGAAGGUUUAGCAAAUAAUAUUUCACAAUCUACCGUCUCGAUCUCUUAAUCUCUGAGAAUAAGUAAUCGCCAUAGAGCACCAAUGUAAACCAGAAAAGCAAAUUUUCGAAAAUGGAAGGAAACAUCCGACUAUGGCCUUACUUGUAAGAGUAGGAAAUUUGCUUGUUGAUUUCAUGCCGCUAAAUAGUAUCAAAAUACUCGAACUUCCCCCCUUUGAAUUAACCAUUAAAAGUGAAAAUACGGAGUGACCGAAAGAGAAGUUUAACCUGUUUAGUCGCUUGCGUGGGAUAUAUAACUGGAUCUCGUUGUACGGUCAGGGUCAAAUACUACAAAAAUACCAGGGUCACAUAAAUUACGUUGAAUUCAGGCUGCUAUAAUUUUAACACAUAACAUUCGAUGAUGCUGCUCCACAUUUCACAAAGUAAAUCAAGGGGUAUAUCUUACCUAAAUGUUAGGCAGCUCUGCAGAUCGCGGACGAUAACCCAAAAAUCCGUGACCGCUUGAAUGUCAACAAAUCAACAUAUCAAAACAAACGACCUCGUGAACGCUUGAUCUGCUUCAUCAGAGGAGCCAAAUGGACGAAAAUUAACCAGCUAAAUGGUCCUUCUCCCAUACAUAACACUUCAACAUGGCUUAGCCAAAGUAUCCAAUCUAUAAGAAAUGUCUGUUGUUGAUUGGAUAUGCAAAAAAAUCUCCCUUGAAAGUGCUUCAGAACAGCUUUCGGCUACUACGAUUUCCCGUCAACAAAGUCCUUCCCAGCAAACUUGACGCAUGCGCAAACGUUACCACUUGCUGUUAAACAUAGCAGUCUUACGAACACACGCUGUUGUCUAUUCAAUAAUUCGACACUCGCCUCAAAAAUAAAAAGACAGAGAGAGAGAGACAUCCGUGUCACGCUGAUAUUAAUAAUGUUCCUGUUUCCCCGGCAAGUGUGGGAAAGUCUCUGAUUGGUUGUAAUGUUAAUGCCGUGACGUAAGUAAUUUCUGGUUUUGUUAUUGGUGAAUGAAUCUCAGAAUUCCCCGAGGAAAACCACAGCCUUUGUGGAUAGCGUACCAAAACGUUGAUACGUAAAUAUUUUUCGGCUUUCUGGAGCAGGGGAAGCGAGACGUUUGCUGCACUGAUUGCGGGUGCAUGAUUGUGUUCUCUGCCGAGAAACAUGUAAAGAUUUGAUGUUUGAUCAGAGAUCUUAUGCCUGCCGGAUUUCAGUGUGGACACUGCGUGGAAGUUACAUGUAAUUUUUCGGCCUUCAAGUGUCGCUCUUGGCUCGUAAAAUUAGAGAAAAGGAGGGCUGUAAUUUCAAAUGAACACUGAGAAGUGAACUAUUCAAUUCUUUCCAUGAAACCUACUACAUAAAACUUUUGCAUGAAACGUUUGAAUGGAAAUGUUCGAUAAACUGCUCCCGAGAUCAAACUUCUGUCAGAGCCAAAAACUACAAGUAUCAUACAGGAAACAGACUGGCUUCAGGAGUUGCCAAUGUAAGACAAAAGAAGAUGUGUUAGAAUCCUCCAAAGCAUAAUAGCUCGUUAUAAAGAAAAGAGUGCUAACAACUGACAUUUUAGCUUGAUUUUCGAGUCAGAGCCUUUUUUUUCUGUAAAGACCUUAAAAGGCUGACAUUUACUGCUUAUGAACUGUGAAGGAGUUAGAGUCAGAAGAAAAACAAAAUAGUUAAUUUAAUAUGCAAAUGUGGUACUGGAACAUGAUAAACGUCAGCGAUACACAGACAUCUCUCUCCCCGAUUUUUUCCGAGAGGAGGGGCGUCUGUUCGCAAUUCAACACAUUGCAUUGUAUUUGAAAAGGAACUUCUUAUUUAGUCCAGCACUAAACUACUGAUUAUUAUUAUAACACUUAUUAGUAGUCUGUGUCACUGGUUCCCUACCACCCCCCCAGACUAGCCCUCUUAAUAUUCCACUUGCAUGCUUACAAACUAAUCAACAUAUAGAUUUAGCCAGGGCUAAAAGCGAAGUUCUUUUUAAUAUUUAUAGAUUCUUCAAAGAAAAUUUAAAGUCGAGUAAUACUAAAGACAAGGUGAAAACAAGGAGAAGAACGGUAAAAAAAAACAACAACAAUAGAUCUAAUUAGCAAAAAAACAACUUUGCACGUGCAGCACACUUUUUUGUACAUUUCCUUGCCGUUAUAUUGCACGACUAAAAGGUGAAUCUUCUUUUAACUUCUUAUUUACGCGUUUUAUGGAGGAAAUGUUUGUGUUUCUGUUCACUCUGUUUUUCACUGCCGCUCAUUUUUACAUUGGUAGCCGCUAGCAUUUCUCAUUUUGUAACUGCCGCUAUAUAACUUUCAUGUUUUUCUUCCAACGAAAUUGGUCUCCAUUGUUAUGUUUUUUUCGCUCCAGCUCUUUCCCUGUUAUCUAAGUUAAUAUAGACAUUAAAAUUUAGUGGAAAGAAAGACUCGUUUUUUUGUUUCUUUUUGCUCUAAAAGUCCAGGCUGGGUGGCCAUGUGAUUUACCGCCGAAACGAGCGAGGUGCGUGGAAUGCAAAAUUUCGCCUCAGUUAUAACAUACUCCUCCCCCGACGGGCUGACUUCUGACUGCCUUCCCCCUCCCCCAGCGUCUGUGCGGACAGGAGGUCGUACGCUGACGUCUUAACCAACUUUUCUCGGAUGGAUAGAUUACCAAAUUUUCUUACCUAUGGGGCUCCGCUCACGCGUGGAACUGCGCUAUAAGGUCUGGGCCGGGAUCAAUAGAAAAUUUAAAAUCCCUUUUCUUCUUGAUGUGUUGACUGGGUCAUAACAUAAACUGCAACUGUUGUUUCCAGUUUUAGUUUUGCUGCUAUUCUGGAAGUAUAAACCAGCCCCAAAUUCUUUGAGUAAUUAUUCUCAAAAAUUUCUCAUACAUUAUGUUUUAAUAAGUAUGUACUAUUUACUACUCUUUCUCUCUUUCUCUCUCUCAGACAUGUAUCUGUGCUAAUAGAAUUCUUGUGCAGGACAAAAUUUAUGAUGAGUUUGCAUCCCAGUUUGCUGAGGCAGUGGAUAAACAGUUGUGUGUAGGAAAUGGUUUGGACCCAUCUUCAACUCAAGGUCCACUUAUUAACCAAAAAGCUGUGGAAAAAGUAAGCUUAGAAUAAUUAUAGUGUGCUAUCUGUAGAGGUUCCUACUUUUAACUGGUUGCUUUGGGGAAUGAAGGGACCAGAUGCUUAGAUCAGAAAAGGUACAUUUCGUUUUUGGCAAACAAACAUUCUCAAUGUGCAAAUUACCAUUAUUAGACAUGUCAUUCUAAUAGUCUUUAGUUUUUGACUGCUUGUAAUCUUGCAGUUAGGCCAUGGGUUAAGGUGACUCGACCCAGUUUUUUUUGGGGGGUACCAUCCUACUUUGAAGCUCUCUGGUAUCCCCACCUUUACUUUUAUCGUAAGUCUAACACAUAGAAUGGAUAACAUAUAGAUCAAUCUACAAUAUAACAUAAAAUUUUUGGCCAUCGGAGUAAAUGUCACGUGGUUAUAAUGCCACGCCCCUUUGAGGUCUGAGUCGAAAAUCUGCUGUUGCAGGCAUUUUUUCGUGAAAAUCUCUCGGCUACACAUAGCGCGCAUUAGUGCCUUGCGCUGAACAGAGUUUCACCAAAAUCGCAAAGACCCAAUUCGAGAAAUUCAGCGGUUUCCAAAUUUAGGUCAUAAUUUAUGCGAAAAUGAUAAGCAAACUUUACACGGAUUAUAUCUAAUAAACUAUGAGAUUCAUCUCUUUAUUUUGGGCAUCCUUAUAACAGAUGGGUCCUUGCAAGUCAGCAAAACAAUUUAGGGCCUUGUAAAAGCGCGCGAUUUCGAGCAAAGCAAACAUAUAGAAAUUAUAGUUUUCGCUAUUUGUUGACGUUUGUCAGCGUUUAAGAGUCUUUCUCACGAAAAAAGCAUUUUCUUCAAAAUUCGUAGUUUUUUUUCCUUCAAAUUUUUUCAGGGCCACAAUUGAUUAACUAACUACCCAGACUCUGGAUUUCAUGGUCAUUGAAAACUGUGACAUUAUCUUCUAUAAGCCCAAACUUGAGUAAACAUUGAAGAUUUUUAGCGUUUUGGCUGAGUUUGUGCUUUGGGAGUUGUCUAUUGUUUCUAGUCCGUCAUUAUACAGCAUUCUUGUUCAGUACGCGUGCAAUGACCGCGCUUGGCUGACUUCCGAAUGCUCACCGAGAUAUAAUAAUUUUGGUACAGUGAGACAGGCCAUCGCGUGAUACAUAGAGGUUUAACUCACAAUUUUUAAACAAUUCUCGUGCUUCUUGAGCCUUUGCAAAAAAAAUCAAGAAGUGCUACACACUAAAUCUACUUACUAUUAAAAAAAUAUCAUUUUUUUCACAGGUUUAAUGCAAGCCAAUAAUUAAACCAACUCGUGACCGGAAUAUCUCGGUGAGGAUUCGGAAGUCAGCCAAGCGUGGUCAUUGCACGCGUGCUGAACAAGAAUGCUGUAUAAUGACAGACUAGAAACAAUAGACAACUCCCAAAGCACAAACUCAGCCAAAACGCUAAAAAUCUUCAAUGUUUACUCAAGUUUGGGCUUAUAGAAGAUAAUGUCACAGUUUUUCAAUGACCAUGAAAUCCAGAGUCUGGGUAGUUAGUUAAUCAAUUGUGGCCCUGAAAAAAUUUGAAGGAAAAAAUACUAUGAAUUUUGAAGAAAAUGCUUUUUUCGUGAGAAAGACUCUUAAACGCUGACAAACGUCAACAAAUAGCGAAAACUAUAAUUUCUAUAUGUUUGCUUUGCUCGAAAUCGCGCGCAUUUACAAGGCACUAAAGCGUUUUGCUGACUUGCAAGGACCCAUCUGUUAUAAGGAUGCCCAAAAUAAAGAGAUGAAUCUCAUAGUUUAUUAGAUAUAAUCCGUGUAAAGUUUGCUUAUCAUUUUCGCAUAAAUUAUGACCUUAAUUUGGAAACCGCUGAAUUUCUCGAAUUGGGUCUUUGCGAUUUUGGUGAAACUCUGUUCAGCGCAAGGCACUAAUGCGCGCUAUGUGUAGCCGAGAGAUUUUCACGAAAAAAUGCCUGCAACAGCAGAUUUUCGACUCAGACCUCAAAGGGGCGUGGCAUUAUAACCACGUGACAUUUACUCCGAUGGCCAAAAAUUUUUAUGUUAUAUUGUAGAUUGAUCUAUAUGUUAUCCAUUCUAUGUGUUAGACUUACGAUAAAAGUAAAGGUGGGGAUACCAGAGAGCUUCAAAGUAGGAUGGUACCCCCCAAAAAAACUGGGUCGAGUCACCUUAAGUCUAUAUACGAAUUGCUAUGUGUACAGCAAUGAGCAACUCUGUCUCAUACCUAUUGAUGGUUAUGAGGAUUUUAAUAAUUUCAUUGUAAGAUGUGAUUCUCAUAUACAUACGUUCAGGUUGAAAGUCAUGUGCAGGAUGCCAUAGCUAAAGGUGCUAAAUGUCUUCGGGGUGGCCAGCGACAUGCGCUUGGAGGCAACUUUUUCGAACCAACUGUUCUGACAGAGGUGACACGUGACAUGCUUGUCUGUCAUCAAGAAACCUUCGGACCUGUUGCACCUCUUAUAAGGUGAGUGACAUGCCGUGAUUAGAAUUAAGUGUAAACUAGACGAAAGGCGACUUUAACUGGGCUGCCAUAAAACUGUACAGCCGGCCCCUCGCCCCUUUCUCCAAUAUUUUCUGAGGGGAGGGGGCGGCUUUACACAGGCUGCAACCGACCAUUGGGUGACGUAGAAUCUCAAGUGACAGUGAAACAUGAACUCAUUUAAGCAUUGUACCCUUUUGGAAGACUUUCGUAAUGUAAUAUUAUCGCUCAGGUUGACUGAGAGAUCAAGACGUGAGAGAACCUAGGAAAUCUGUGAACAUAAAAAAAUCUGUAUACGAUCAUAUCGAGAGCGAUUAUUUGUCGGAAACCUGUUCACGACAACCAAGACUGAACAGAAUUUAUUGCACUUUGAGAAAACGAUAAGUUUAACCAGAACAGGCAGCGAACAGCUUUUAAAAGAAAACAUCACACUUGAGUCAGGGUCAAAGUGGUGAUGACACGAACUCAAAUUGUUUUUUGUUCAAACGAUUCAUCUCGAAGCUCAAUAGUUGACCAUAAUAUAGUUAAAUCCUACGUAUACUUUAUAUACUUUACUUUAACUCCUCACAUUUACAGUGUACAUAUUCAGAACACUUUCAGUUAAAAAAUACGGGUUGUGUACGUAAAAAGGUAUGCAUGUUAAAGCGAGCUUUCAAAGUUUAUAGAAACUCACUAAUGCAAACAUCAAAUCGUGCUUGUUGAAUUGGCGGAUGCACAGAAGUUAGGAGAAGCAUGGCACUUGACCACGCACAAAUUUAAUGAUAUAAACCAAAGCAAAACCUCUCGGCCACAUUCAGAACAACUGUAAGCUCUGGGUUGUUAAGUCACCAAACCUUGUUUUUAUAAAUAACUUGCCUUAGCACUCUAUCUAUCUCAAGUUGGUAUUUGAAGCUCACGGUGACGCUUUGCUUUCUUGAAGCUUAAGGUGGCUCGAUAUAGUUUUUCAAGGUCAAUACCUCCCAAGUUUGAGCGUAAACUGCGUCGCCAUAAACAAGGAUUUGGAAAAAUUGACACCACAGUUGUAUUAGAUAAAGAAGAAAAUUGCUUAUAAUCAGGGUUGCAAUGACAUCGGAGUUGUCAUAGCAACGAAAUGACGCCGUUACCUAUUUUACUUGCAGCAGUAUUUCUCGGCACUGGGAACUGUUCCUCCAAAAUCGUUUACUGGAGCUUUUACCUACGAUAGCUGCCACGAUGUUCGUGAAGUUUAAGCGAAAUCUGUAAGAGCGUUAUCGAGAUAUUCUGGGAUGAGGUUUUUCUGGUUAGAAAUACGGUAAAAAUUGAGAAUCUUGAUGUUGGACUGUUAUCUGUACUAAACGAAGCGCUUUUGACAUGCAAUUUCACCUCAUAGUAGUUACAAUCUUUUUAAAAACGUGUGUGAAAGAUCAUGGAGAUACCUCCAGCCGAUUGCUAGAAAGGAGGAUUUGAUUAGUAUGUAUCAAGGCGCUUUUGUUAGCGGUAAUGUAAACAUUUGGGUCUACUUUAACAAAUUAGCGGAUAAUUUUUAAACCGCUCGAUAAAUUUUUUAGAAAAUUUAAGAGUCUUGAGAUUAACCCUCCUUUUAUAUGACCUCUUAGUUUCAAGAUUAUUGAUAUAUUGUAAGGCAGUAAAAUAAGGGCUUGAAUUCGCUAACGUUCUGUCAGAAAUUUUUUGUUUACAAGUGAAAGCCUCUCAUUAUUCAGUGCUAUUGUCUCCAAGUUUCAUAUUUUCGUGCACAACAAUAGCUAGCAGUUUUGCAUAUGUCAAAUGCAUUGUUAGUUACUGCUGUUCACGUGAAAAUGAAACUUUGAGACAAUACCCCUGAAUAAUAAGAGGCUCUCACUUGUAAAGACAAAAUUUCUGACAAAAUAUUAGCGAAUUGUAGCCCUUAUUUUACUACCUUACAAUAUAUCAAUAAUCUUGAAACUAAGAGGUCAAAUAAAAGGACGGUUUAUCUCAACACUUGUAAAUUUUUUAGAAAAUUUAUCGAGCGGUUUAAAAAUUAUUCGCUAAUUUGUUAAAGUAGACCCAAAUGUUUACAUUACGGCUAACAAGAGCGCCCCGAUACGUACUAAUCAAAUCCUUCUUUCUAGCAAUCCGCUGAGGUAUCUCCAUGAUCUUUCACCCACGUUUUUAAAAAGAUUAAAACUACUAUGAGGUGAAAUUGCAUGUCAAAAGCGCUUCAUUUAGUACAGAUAACAGUCCAACAUCAAGAUUCUCAAUUUUUACCGUAUUUCUAACCAGAAAAACUUCAUCCCAGAAUAUCUCGAUAACGCUCUUACAGAUUUCGCUUAAACUUCACGAACAUCGAGGCAACUAUCGUAGGUAAAAGCUCCAGUAAACGAUUUUGGAAGAACAGUUCCCAGUGCCGAGAAAUACUGCUGCAAGUAAAAUAGGUAAUGGCGUCAUUUCGUUGCUAUGACAACUCCGAUCUCAUUGUAACCCUGAUCAUAACAGAUUUUCAUCUUUAUCUAAUACAACUGUGGUAUUAAUUUUUCCUAAUCUUUGUUUAUGGCGUCGUAGUUUAUGCUCAAACUUGGGAGGUAUUGACCCUGACAAACUGUAUCGAGCCACCUUAAUUUGCCACUUAUUCGCCGUCUCGCCAAUGAGGCUAGCAAAGAUGAAAUUUUGUGCGAAAUUCUCAAAGUUCCUGUUUUCGUUGGAUGACUGAGCCUUUUUUCAUUAUCCUAAUCCGAAAUUUAGGCCUCCAAAAAGCUGUGUGUUGCAUUAAAAAGAAAUCAAUCUUUAAACAGACUCUGCGACCCGGCUGUAGCCUCUAGGAGUGCCCUCCAAACUCCCCAAAUGCUCAUUAUCUCGACAUACGCACAGCUGAAGCAUGAACUAAUUAUUUUAUAACAUUAUCAAAGCGAUCAAUGCAGCAGUUAACUUAAAAUUGUGCUAUUGUAGAGCACAAUUAUGUUUUUGUCUUGAAACUGAGAUAAAGUUUAGUCAAGUCGCUUAAGAUAACACUAAAAAAGAUUGUAAAAUCCACAUUGAGGUGAUGGGAAACUAUUAAUUCACCGAAAAAUUAUUUUUGAGAGAAACAUUUUUGCCAAGAAUUAUCUGCACUCGCCAUGGCCCACACAGCUCGCGGAGAUGACAACAACAACAAAAACAACAACACUCACCUCUUUUCCCUACUAUCGGUUGACAAAUUCAAAACUUUUUUCUUAAAUUUACUUUAUAAACACAUCGUAAACGCUUCAUCGUGUACUGUUGGGUUAUGGAUGCACUUGUGAGACGUCUUAGAAGGACAGCCUGUACCCAGACGUUGUUUUAUUUUUCUUUUGGUUCUUUUGGAAAACAUCGGCGUGGGCUAGAGCGAGGCGAGCACGCGAGGGAGAGUGAGCGCGGAGCGCGAGAAAGAAAAAUAGUUAUAAUCACGCGCGCUCCAUGGACUUUGAAGAGAAAAUAGAGGGUCUGAGAACAGGCUAUUGGGAGGAUUGCUAAGUUCACAAGAACUCGAGAUAUUAUAGUUUAUUGACGUCAUCAGCGUGCUCAAUGGGAAUAUGGAGCACUCUCGCGCUAUUGAAUUUCAUUAGGCGAAUAUUCUAGCUAUGUUAUAACUCACAUAAAACGCCGUUAAAUAAGGCAAUAAUGAACAAUCCUUUUUAGAAGGCCAAAUGAUUUGAUUUGUUGAAUAAAACAAAAGCUGACAAAGCAUUAAAGCUAUCAUAAAGUGAAAUGAGCGAAACGUUCUGUGAAUUUGAAUGCAGAAGAAACGUACUUUUUACGUCCAAAAAUCAUUUUCUAAAGGUAAGAAGUGCUCUUAAAUCCGGCCGAAUUGCGGUCCAUGAAAACCUGGACGUCAUUAAAAGACAAUUUGAUGAACAAACUGCUUUAGCAUCGUAUCGAAAAGUGCAGAAAAAGUGAACCUGAAAGUAAAAAUUCUAUAAAAUUCGCCGACGUCUUCGCAGAAGCGAUGCUGUAGUCUCGCGAUUGUGUUUUAUGCUGAUAAAUAAUUAUGUUAUGAAUGAACAAACUCAAAACAAUAGCCAGAGAAUUUCUUUCUUGAGCAUUUUCAUUCAAAAACUCAGAAGUUUAUCCUUAAAAGACAAAAUCCAUCUCAAACCAGGGUGCAUUUUGUGAUUUUUCUUAGCGCCGAUGACAAACUAUGUAAAAUGUUUGUGGAACAUUUAUACAUACACAAAUUACCGUAAUUUAAAAAAGUAAUUUUCUUGACCAUAGCGAAAAAGGUACCUGAAAAGUCUGCAAAAACUUCGCUGCCUUGGGAAAUUUGCUCGCCGCGGCCGUACUUGAAGGAAAACAUCGUUGAAUUCCUCGAAGGAAGAUUUCGCAACCGAAACGUUUCCUUAGUCCACAAAAAGAAAACUGCGCAUUCAUUUGAACUUUCCUUCUCCAUUUGUGUCGUUACUGUGUAGUGUAACCCUGAAAUGCGAAACUUUGGUCUUGAAAACCACCUCAUGGUGUGAUUCACACGGCAGGACUUUUCCGGGGGGGGCCGGGUGACGGGUGGCGGGUGACGGGUAGCGGGUGGCGGGUAGCGGGUGGCGGGUGACAAAUUGUCAGGCCGUCAUGCGUUACGGUAUCCACCCGGGCUCUGCGAAGGCUUUACGGUUCACGUAACGCCCUCUGGGUUACUGGGUGAAUAACUGAUAGUGUUCAUUUUUUGACGGAGGAGACUACCCAUUUUAUGAGCUUGUGCAUGCCUUGAGGCAGCUCCAUGAUUCAAUGAGUCAUGAGUGAAGUAAAAAAAGAAUUCGCUAAUUAUUUCAAGUCAGGACUUUAUAACCCUAAUCAUUGUGUAAAUGAAUGACUUGUUUAUAAAGUUAAUUAUUGACACCUUUUGCGGCCUAGAGGUGAAUUGCAGGUACAGGUCAGUUAAACAUCAACAAUAAAUAAUUUUUAAAAAACGCUUAGCAGUAGCAUAUUUUACGGUGACAAAAUUAGCAAAACAAUCAGUGUUAUAUGACAGGGAAGUAAAUGAUCCAUUUGAACAUGUACAGUAUGCCGAAGAUGAGUGAAGAUUGGGUUGUCUGAGGACUAAUUUUUCCUACAAAAUUGACUCAAGCGUCUUGGUUGUCGUUUCUUUAAGCUUACGAUCCCGGCCUGCCUUAGCCAGUGCGUCUUUGUAUGAAGUAAAGGGAUAGAUGAUGGAGAAGGCGCGCUUCUGGAUUUUCUCCAUGUCAUUAUUUUUAAUAUUAUUGGCGAGAAGCAAAGCGGUUAAAUUUGAAUAAGCAUGUUUGUUCAUUUCAUUUUCAGUCAUGCUCAUUUAUGUUGCAAUCAUAUUGAUUGCAACUAACAGAUCAUGCAUGAUCAUAAAUAUCAACCGGCCUAGCUCCCAGUAUGUAUAUGAAAUAUUAAAUGUCCAGUCAACUACAGCUGUAUAUAAUUUACUGAAUAUUUGCAUGUCAGGCGAAAUAGGUCAUUUUUUCAAAUGGCUUUCACAUGAUUUUUCACAUAAUUAUAUAGUUGUAGUGAAUUACUUUCUAUGCAUGCCUGGUUAUUUUCAUCGGAUUCCUGCACUGUCCGUCAAGCCCCUAUCUUCAUGUUUCAUUUAUGCCCAGGUUAUAUUAUCCUACUUCAAUUAAUAUUUGUGCUUAAUUUUAUUUUUCCUUUCCUUAUCUGAGUUAAUGAGCAGAGCGUUAAUAUUAUAAUUUGUUUCAUUCCUUUUUUAUUUGUUUUACUCUAUUUUACAAUGUUACUUUAUCAUUGGUUCUUAGGUUUAAAAGUGAAGACGAAGCUGUGACAAUUGCUAAUGAUACUUCAGCUGGGCUGGCAGGUAGGAUCCCAUGUUUUAUUUUCCUAGGUAGAUUAUAGGUAGAUUUAUCAGUUAAUAUAAAAUAUAAUCAAAAUCUCAAGAAAGUUUCCCCCGUUACAGUUGAAACUCCACUAAGGUGGAUGGUACCACCAGAUUUCAUUGUUUCUUCGAUUUAUGGAGUCAAUCAUGGCUACCUUUGUCCUUUAAAAAGGCUCAUAGAAAAUAAUUUAAGAAUUAUUUAUUAUCAAGGAAAAUUAUGGUAAAUUUUCAGUGAAAUACAGAGGGGCAAAAUUUGGGAGUAAUCCACUUGAAAACCUAGUCCUAAGAAAUCAGAAAACUUAAGGCUGAUUGAGUGUGAGACAAAGAAAAAACUCAGAGUCGUGCAGGGAUUUAAACCCAUAGGCUGCACCUGCCAUCUUGGCCAAUAACACCUCCUCCAUCUAACAUGUAAUUGUUAGAGACGUAUUCAUCCUUGGCAAUAAAUCAAUGUUAAAUGUCCCUAGUCUAACGGGCAUUCAUCCUCGGAGACCAAGGGCAGCUAGUCGGGACGAUAGAAUGUUCAUGGUGAUUACUAUAAACUUUCACCACGAACAUUCUAUCGUCCCGACUAGCUGCCCCCGGGUCCCCGAGGAUGACGGGCAUUCUUUAGUUAGGACUGCUGUACAGUGUCUGGGGGCCUCAGGCAAGUUGAAACUCUGAUUUCGUUUAGUGCGAGACUUGUCAGUAUCUGCUGGGCCGUUAAUUUCUCUAUUUUGUUCUCGAAGGCUAUUUCUACUCACAAGAUCUCAGUCAAAUCUGGCGUGUAGCUGAAGCCAUGGAAGUUGGUAUGGUGGGAGUCAAUGAGGGAAUCAUCUCCUCAGAGGUUGCUCCUUUUGGUGGCUGGAAGCAAUCUGGGCUAGGAAGAGAGGGCUCUAAAUAUGGAAUAGAGGACUUCCUUGAACUUAAAUAUGUCUGUCUUGGAGGAAUCAAUUGAUGAGAAACCUCUUAGUAAAUGCAUACCUAGUCUGUUCUGCUGAUGCUACUUAUGUAAGCUUGUGUCAUAAGGGUUGGACCAUUAGAAAAGUUGUGGCAGGGUGGAGAAUUUUUGAGCUGCAUGAAUUUUCUUCGUUAACAUUCCCUUAUUUCUUAGUAGUUAAUUUCUCCUUGCAUGAAUAUAUUUUUUGUACCGUAUCCGCCCCAUACAUUUUCUAAUGGGCUGCCCCUAACACUUUUAUGAAGUCGUAUGUUCGUAGUUAGUAAUAAUAACAAUUCAAGAAAAUAGACGUUUUCUGCUCCAAAAAAUGGUCCAGGACGAGUCCGAAAAUGAUCAAUUAUAUUAUAUUUUUUAGAACUUUAAAUUGCACGUUUUAUUUCAUCCUAGAGGUGUUUUAAACUUAGCAAAACGUUUGUGCCAUGCCAGUACUCACAAUAAUAAUUACACGAGGAUCUCAAGGUGUGAUAACAAAUUCCUUGUCACACUGUUGUUUAGAUUAAAAGGUAGAUGCAUUUAACGGAAAGUUACCGAGAUCACGAAAAUUACAUUUUCCCAAAAGUGACCAAGAUGGGGUCUUUAUUUGGCCACAGAAUAGACUUUAAUAGGGUAGGGGUACUUUGAGAGGCCAGCUGCACGUAUAUACUCAGCAAAAAUUAAACCGAGUCACCCCCUCGGAUGUAAUCACUACCUUACACUUGAAAGUAGAAAACUUUCUCAAAACCUCACUCCACGGAGACAUGUGUGUGUUGGCCCUAAGAAUUCCUUAACGAUAACAUAAAUCAUGGUACCUUAGAGAAACCAAUCUGGACAAUAUUAAUUUUGGGUUACUAUGUAGAUGAGGCAAGGGCCUCACUUUGCCCAAAACAAGCUAUGGCACUGCAAAUGACAGCAGUAGCUAUUACAGGAGAGAACCUUGGGAAUCAGGUUGUAUCUGGAACCCACAACUACCAGUCAAGUUGAAAGAUUGUGUGUAGUCCUUGAGCUUGAUUUCCUCUUACUGUAAUACCCUAUGAAAAUAACUGAAAAUAGCAUUUCUGCGCUCCUACAUAUAGAUUUCAAAUGUAGAGGUUAGAGUUAGUAAAGCGUAGACAAUUAAUUCGCCCGCUAUGUGGUGUCACGGCCACUUUUUGUUAUGUCUUAGCCUCUCUUGAAUUACUGAUUGAAAUUGAUAUUUAACUCCGAGGUUUUCGGGAAAUAAAAGAAAUGUCAGAAUAUCAAUAUGAUUUCUUAAAUAUUUUGUACCCAUCACCCUUGGGGCUAAGUUUGAAUUUUAAUAACUCAGAACUGGUCUAUUGAGAGUUUGUAC